GCGCGUCGAACGGUUGAACAUCUAAUCAAAACAGUUUCUGCCAUUCAUUUUGUCACAUUUUCCAAAUCGGCAAAUUUAAAUGAACAAAAUUUUGCAAAUUUUCCAUUUAUUUGAUUAAUUUCAUUCUAUACUAAGAAAUCUCCAUAAAAAUGUCAACCAGCAGCCCCAAUUCACCUUCGCUGCGGAGCCCGCUGGUGGAUCGAACGCUAAAUCUGAACCUGAACAACCGGCGUUCUCGGGAAUGUUUAGUGUGGGGAUCCAUUAACGUCGGUCUCCUCUCAGUACUUUUGUUCGACAUCUCCAACAAAUGCCCAUACUCUUUUUCCCAGUGGUAUUAUUUGGAAUAUGCGGCGGCUUCAAUAAUCGGUGUGAGUGUUUUGUAUUACUUUGGCCGUUACUUCUACUACCUGUUUAGUAAGGAGCCCAUCCGUGGAACGGAUCAGCAGCGCCAGCUGCUCAAAUUCGAGUUGGACGAUAAUUCGUUCAUCGCUACCACACCGGCGGCGAAGAAACCGGCCCCAUCACUUAACGUUGGGGCCACUCCGGCCAAUAUGUCCUCGGUAAGUUUGCACUCAUUCAACGAAAGUGGAAUGUCCAUGGCAUCCGCCGGAUGGAUUUACAAUCGUGGCAGUCCAAUGCCGCAGCAGUCGCAACAAGCGAAUGCCUCCCAGACGGGUGUUGGGGGAAUGUCAUCGUUCCAGCAUCAGUCGUUCGAUGGGUCAUUCAAUGCCAGUGCAAACAAUAAUUCGGGAACGUUUUCACCGUCUAUGCGAAAGCUGGCCAACAAGAGCGAUUUUAUUGUCGACGAGAAAGGGUUGCAGAAUUAUUUGAAGGAAGUAACCAACGAGGAGAAAAACAAUAGCGCGUUUCUGGAGCGGAUGAACAUAUCGGGUAGCAGUUUUAACUCGUUUUGGAACAGUUACAAACUGGAUGACAUGUCCAGUUUAUUAAAAACAUCUCUCUAUCAGCUCUCACCUUCGGCUCCACCGAGCAAGCAAACACUGAAGGAACACGAGAGUGGUCCUUACAAUCCAAUCGAUGCAGACGUCAGUUCGGAAGUACUAAAAAAAGUUUCUUCUGUGCAGCUCUCCAAUUAUGUUGCAAAUCUUCGAAUGUGGGUUUCAAUGACCAUCAUGCAGCGAAUUGUGGCGGAAAUGAACAGCAUCGAUAAUUCGUUCAAAACGCGAGGCUUCUCCGACAUCCAGCUCGGCAACGUAGGAUUGGAGCGACUGAAGAAAACGGCAGAAAAUCAGCAAUUAGUAACCCUUUACAUCCCUAAACUCCCACUGCUGAUCCCGUUCUUGGAGAUGUCUACCAAUCAGGAGUAUCUUGUUCAGCGGAUCAAAGACUUGGCCAAAGGAAGCUGUAUUGCUGAUUACCGAUGGAACUCUGGAUCGUCUUACAAAGGACUCAACUGGGACGAACAUUUACCAACGGAUUCAGCCAUCAUUUUCCAUCUGUUCUGCACCUACAUGGACAGUCAACUGCGGCCAUUGCCGCAACCCGGCGGGCGUCCCUUUUACAAUCGUUACGUGGUCGUCGCAGACAAGAAGACUCCGAAGGAAACGUUGGCCGAGGUGGCCACCAAGAACAAAGCCAAAUGCGCCAUCCUGUGUUCGAAUCCGAUGAAGCCGAAGUUCAACUUCGUUUCGGACGACAAAAUUCACAACUGUGCCCAUGAUCGUAACAACCUAUUCUACGUUCUCAUUCAGUUUUUGAUCUACAUGAAGAAUCACCAAGAGGGGCUGGUAGAAGGAAUCAACCUCGGAAAAAGCGGUAUUAACAUUUUGUGUGUUCUUGAAGAUUAGAUAGAGUAAGUAGCGUAUAUGUUUAACUAAUUUCAAAGUUCUGAAUUUGACAAAUUUUGUGAUCUGAAAA